GGCCGGGAUAGAAACUCAUCAAGUGCAUCGCUAAAAGAGGAUCUUUCAACAAUUAAUGCAUUGCUAUGGGUCACGUGCAACAUCUUCAACUGGCGUUGUUUGUAUUCGACCUGACCAUCUCCACUGUGGCGCAGACAGCAGUCAAUUGUCAAAACUUCAAGUUUGUUAUCGAUGAAAGUGUCGUCUUUAACCACAUUCUCGAGAACCACGUGUUUCAUAGAUUGACAGUCUCAAGCGCCCUUCAGUGCCACGCGAAGUGCAAAGAUGACUGCCUGUGUGUAUCCAUGAAUUAUUUCCCUCAGUCCGAAGAAAAUAACUGUGAGCUUAACGACGCCAACAAAUACAUGGAGCCAGCGGCAAUGACAUGGAGGCAAGGAGGAAAUUAUCAUGAUUUGGUGAGGACCUACACGGUGAAGGGCGGAGAAAAAUAUAUCCCGGGGAAGCACCGUUGCAUCAACAGAUGCUGUAGGCCCAAUCCUUGUCUCAAUGGAGGGAUAUGUCAGGAGAUUUGUGACACUCACACCGUCCGUUUUUCUUGUGACUGUGUUGACAAAUAUGCUGGUCAGCGGUGUGGGAAGAUUCAACAUCCAAAAAGCUGCAAAGACAUCGCCAAGAACGGCGCCUCGACAUCAGGAGAGUACGACAUCUUUGAUUCAAACAAUGAAACGUUUUCUGUUAACUGUGACUUGCAGUCUGAACCAGGCUUUGUAUGGACAUUGGUACAAUCGUUUUCCUUGAAUAACAGUAAUACCUUCAAAAACAAAGGGUUUGGCAUAAAUUUUGAGAUUAAGAAUGACAAAAGGGACAUGGAUUGGAACAGGUAUCGACUAUCCUUAUCCCAGAUGCAGUCUCUUGCUAAUCACUCCACGCAUCUGAGAGCAACUUGUAACUUUCCUACAGAUGGUCUACGAUAUACGGACUACGCACGCGCAAAGCUGGCAGGUCACGACAUUUUCGGUAACUGGAGCAGAUGUCAGAUAUAUGAAUAUGUUAACAUCCGAGGAAUCAAUUGUUCUAGUUGCACCGCCCUGACUAAACAGCAAGAUGAUGCAGCCUGGCGCAUACGGAGUUACGAAAGCCUUGAAAAAUGUGAAUUCGAUGGAGAAGCAGGUGCAGUCGAACACGAAAACAAUUUUGGACAGUAUCGUAACGCGAAGAUCAAUCCGAAUCACCGCUGCGUGUCAUCGAAGGCCUCUACAACGCAGCACUGGUUUGGAAUUAAAAACGACUUAUGAUCAUCUUCAGAGCGAGCCAUCAGUUUAUUUAUCCUAAUUGUUUUCGCAAAACCGACGAACACUAAUUUGAAAUGAUUUUGUUUAGAU